AUGGAGGCAUAUUCGAGAGGCGAUAAGACGGCAGAUCUUCCUAGUAUCUUGGAACGAUCAAGCCUAGAACGCUCAGGGAGAUUCGUCCCUAGCAUUAGUUCUUUUCCUGUCGCCACUUCCGGCUUUGGAGACGUGCUGAACGCGCCGCGGCCCUUACCACCAUCACAGCUCCCCUUUGACAAUCUUCACACGUAUCGUCAGGGGCCCGGACAACCACAACCCUACUGCGAUUCAUACAGCCUGAGGGAGUACAGUUAUCGUGACAGCUCAGGAGGUUCGCAUUACAGAUCACCAAACACGGAGCCCGCUCAUAGGAAUGAUGAGGGUUAUCUCAGCACAGGUUCGUCUUCAGCUUCGGAUUCCACAAGGCCUAACUACCACCUGCCCAGCAUCUCAGCCGAGUUUGGUCUGCACCAUAACCAGUUCCAGCUGCAUUCUAGCGCCGACGCCUUCUUUGAUAUGAAGAAUAAGCUUGCGCUUGUGAAAAGAUUCGAUACGAAGGGGCCCGGUCCACACCUCGAUGCGUCAAGCACAUCGUCAACUAGCGACGCCUUCUCGAGGCUGUCCGGUGACUUUCGCGUCCCGCAAGUUUCCGUGCCCACCAGUCUGCCGUUGCACCACAAAAAGUCGAACCUCCUAGACAUGCAGACUCCCAGCUCUGCCCUCUCAAAGCCAGCCAUCCCAUCUUGGUCGGGAAUAUCACUCGCCGCCAGCUCAAGGAGGAACAACAGCGACGAUGCCUUACCGCACAACCACGAGGCGUAUAAGAUGGAGAUGAAGGAGAACAACCCUACGAAGAGAUUGCGAAUAGAAGAACCCAUAAGGGCGCACUACGACGGUACUAGGGCGAAGCGUCGUACAUCUACGAAUCCCGGUAACACCGUAUCGCUUGCUGUCACACUUCCAAGUGACUCGCUACAUCGCCACGACAGAAGCCAAAGAGAAUCACCUACGCCUCAACUAAGCGUCAUUCCUCAAGAAUCGGCAUUUUCAGUGUCGUACUGUUCCACGGCGUCUCACAGCUGGGAUUCACACCUGCAUACGAGGAGCAUUGCCCGCAUAGGUUUGUCAUAUGGCCAAAUUUCUCCAGGCGAACCGUCUCCGGGAGCCAUUCCGUCCGGCAGAAAUGAUGCCAUAUGCAUCUCUCCUCAUGAUGCAAUGAUGUCGUUGAACGCUUCGCCUCGCGGUUCCAUUCCCAGAGUAACCUACCAGCGGACUACUAGCGAUGACGGGCCUCCAGCUUCUCUGCACAAGCCCACAGAAGCGAGCAAGCCUGAUGAGCACAAGAUCUUGAGGGGAUUCUUAUGCGACUGUUGCCCGAAGAAACCCAAGAAAUUCGCUUCGGCCGCGGAAUUAGCGUCUCAUGAAGCCGAAAAGCAGUAUGACUGUUCGUUCUGCGGAAAUCGAUUCAAGAACAAGAACGAGGCCGAACGCCAUCAAAAGAGUCUUCAUGUUCAGGACAAAAGUUGGAGUUGCUCGGCUCUGGAUGGCUAUUAUCAAGCUUUCCACAAUAGCACGGAUCGCCCCGGUGAAGCAGACUCUUGUGGUUACUGCGGUGAGGAGUUCCUCAAAAUUGGGAGAGGUUCAGGGGAUCCCGCCUCGCAUCGCGGCACUGAGCAGGACUGGGAUGAGCGUCUCCGCCAUCUUCAAGAGAUCCACAAGUUCCAAGAGUGCAACAGGAGCAAGAAAUUCUUCCGCGCGGACCAUUUCCGUCAGCACCUUAAACACAGCCACGCAGGCACAAGCGGUAAAUGGACACAUAUGCUAGAGAACGCCUGCAUGCUGAAUGAGGAUCCAACUCCGAGAUGA